AUUGCGCUGCGUCAGCGCGUGUGCGCGUUCACGGCGGCGGGAGGAGCGGAGCGGAGCGCGGCGGCCUCAGCAAAGCAGCGGCAGCGAGGACGACGACGACGGCAGCGGCGGAGGGAGGGAGGUAGGGAGCUUUGCGUUAUUCUUGGAAAAUUGUGCUCCACCAGUGAAUUCAUUGAACCCCAGCAUUGCCAAUCCGCUUCUGUUAGGCUCAGCAAAUUUGCAGCUCGCCCAGCUAGCCCUACAGCAGCUGAAUUCUGUGGCCACCACAACUGUAUUGAACCCAGCUUUUGCAUCUCUGAUCCAAGGUUUUGUGAAGAUCAACAUGUCCAUGUUUAAUGCCAGAGGGGCUUUUGGCCAGAAUCCGGGCCCUCCCAAUCAGUUUGGGCAAAGCCAGGGCCCGCCCAAUCCGUUUGGGCAAAGCCAGCCCCCACCCAAUCCGUUUGGGCAAAGCCAGGCCCCGCCCAAUCCGUUUGGGCAGAGUCAAGGCCCACCCAACCAGUUUGGGCUGAAUCAGGGUCCACCUAACCCGUACAAGAGUCAACCACCACCUACCCAGUUUGGUAUUACUCCAGGACCCUACAUGGGAGCUACAGGAGGUAGAGGAGCAGCAGGAAGAGGAAUGGGAAUUCCAGGUGCAUCACAAAGUACCUUUGGUGGAAUGAACAUGGGAAUUAUGAGUCAAACUGGGAAUAAUGUAGGCUUAGGUCAAUGGUCCUCCUACCAGAGUCCAUCACCUGGAGGUUAUCGGCCUGGAUAUGGGAAUACUCCGGCGCCUUCAACUCAAAGUGGAGGCCAGAGCUCUGCAGUCCAGCUUUUUCAAGACACGAUGAAGGCUACCAAUAUCCUGGCAAACUUUGGUCUGUCCAAUGAGGACCUGGAAGAGCUAAGUCGUUACCCCGACGAGAAGCUUACUCCAGAAAACAUGCCGUACAUUUUAAGAGAAAUCAGAAUGCGGAAGAUGAAUAAGCAGCAACCAUCAAGCAGUUAUGAUCAACCAUACAAGCUGCAAGACAAAGACUACAGACGGGAAGUGCAGAGCAGCGUGGUCGAUUACGGGCACGGUCAACAGCAUCAGGAUAGACCCAUGGAGAGUCGGAGCACCUGGAGUGACGAUUACAAGCGUCCGUCUCAGAGUUAUCCAAUGGAGCCUUCGCAAGACGAUAUUAAUCAAGGAGUCAAGCGGACAGUUCUCAUGGUGAAGAAGGGAUUGCCAAAACCCAAGCUGAUGAAUGAUUACUAUGGCGUCCCGGCACUGAGAUUUCCUCACGUGUGCAGUUUGUGUAACGUAGAAUGUAGACAAAUGAGGGAUUGGGGACGUCACAACAAAACAUCUGUCCACAAUGAAAGCUGCCGACUUUUGCUCAAAGAAUAUCCAGACUGGAACCCGGAUUCAAUUCCUCAGAUUAAUAAAUAUCCAGACUGGAACCCGGAUUCAAUUCCUCCGAUUAAAGAGGACCUUGUCAAGAAAGAGAAAGAAACAGUGGCCGCAGACCAGGCUGCUGCUUCCUUCAGUUCAGCACGGAUAAGCCCGAUGCAUUUGAGCCCACGUCGAAUGAGCCCUCACAGAAGCAGCCCGAGACGCUCGAGCCCGAGACGAAUGAGCCCCAGGCGCAUCAGCCCAUACCGAUCCAGGUCCAGCCCCAGACGAACCAGCCCACACCGAUCCAGGUCCAGUCCCAGAAGAACCAGCCCCCACAGGUCACGGUCAAGCCCAAGGCGGACCAGUCCCCACAGGCCCAGACCCAGGCGCCCGAGCCCACACAAGGCCCGGCUGAGCCCCAAGCAUCCCAGCCCACAGCAACCCUUCCCACGCAAGGCCAUCCCCAAACGGAAAAUCCAGAAGAUGCCGCCUGCUAAGAAUUCUAACCAGAAGCCGCCAGCGAACCAGUCAACAAAUCAAAAGCCUCCAAAUCAGAAGACAAUGAAGCGACCUGCUGCCACCGGCAAGCCCUUUGCUGGAGGCAAGGGCAGUGCAGGUCCUGCUGCUGCGGCGGAGAAAGCUACUGCUCAACAGGAGGCUGAUGCCCAGCAGAUGAAUGAAAUGAGGAAGAGUGGGCGUGUGGUUCACAUCACUGACCUGCCACUUGAUGGUUAUACUGAAGAAGACAUCUCAAAACUGACCCAGCCUUUCGGAAAACUCACUGGCAUUAAGUUGGUGCGCUCCAAAAAUGAGGCUUUCCUGGAGAUGGUGUAUAAAGAGGCUGCAGUGGCAGUGGUGGAGUUCUACAGCAUCACACCAGCGGAGAUCAAUCGCCGGCAGGUGACCAUGGUGUUACUGGGACAGAAGAAGGAAAUUCCUAAACUGGAUCAGAAAGAACAGUUACCGAGCCAAGCUGCUACUGCGGUACAGAAAGAGCAGAAUGCUCCUGGCACCAGUGCUGACCCUCAGGCAGCCACAGAAGCCAACACCCCUCACCCUGAUGAAAAGACGAGUGAGGAUGAAAGUGUCACAGUACAGACUCGGUCAGAGGUUGUUUCCCUCAAUGACAAAGGUAGAGUUAUUCGAAUUAGCAAUCUUCCAGCUAAAGGAUACACAGAGGAUGACCUGAAAAGGCUGGCAAAACCCUUUGGACCAGUGUUGAAUGUAGUUAUCACAUUCUCCCGAAACCAGGCAUAUCUGGAAAUGACUUGCAUGAAAGCAGCGGCCAAAAUGGUGGAGUUUUACAGCCUUUCUACAAUCAAGCUGAAAGGAAAUACUAUCAGUAUGGAAGUACUACAUCAGUAUAUGGAUCUAAGCGACAUGGAGGUUAUAUUCAAGGAUAUGAUUGAAGAUUCGGGGUUUAAAGCAGAUGACGGGUGCACCAUAUAUGACCAUUUAGUUCACAUAAGCAAUCUACCUGAGGAUGGCUAUACAGAAGUUGACAUCCUUUGUGUUGCUUUUCGAUUUGGAAGAGUGAAGGAUUCAAUGUUCUUGAAACCACACAACAAGGUUCUUAUACAAUUGGAGAGUGGGGAUGCUGCCACAUCCAUGUGCAGCUUUUUCAGCGAAAUUCCUCAUGACUUCCAUGGAAAAACUCUGGAAUUUUCUUUGUCCCCUCAUGCAGGAAUUCAGCCCGAGAAUGAAGGAAAGAAAGAACAACUGACGGAGGAGAGUGGUGACGCCAGCACGGAGCCGGAGUCGAAGGAGCCUGCGCCGGUGGCGAAAGCGGAGUCUGCCGAUGUGGAGAUGACCGCCGUGACCAAUGAGAAAGCCCCAGAGCUGCCGAGUGACCAAACUAAAGCAGAGGCCGCCAGCCCGGCCACAGCGCAGACGGCUGGUCCUGAGGCCAAGCCGCAGACAGGGGGCACAGCACCACAGAACCAGUCGCCCACUGCUGUCAGCAAUCCCCAUGCACCUGUCAAAGCCCCAGGCACAGCCAGCAAGCUGCCCGUCACCAAAUCCCCAGCACCCCUUGUUGCUGUGACACCGGCAGACCUGCCCGUGACUGGCACCGGCUCCGGCGAUUCCUCCCCGACCACCGGCAAACCCACCACGGCGAGCGGAAACGCACCGUCCAAAGCCGCCGCUGUGGCGACCAACGUGGCUACACCUUCAGCCGUGCCUACAAGAGCUGCCGGUAACAGCGUCACCGUGCCCACCAAACCCAUCGCAGCCUCCCCGAGCGUGCAGGUCAAAGUCACCGCUGACGAUGCAGUGGUCAAACUCGGCGACGCCACAGCCAAGCCCACCGCAGACGGUGAUGAUGCAGCCGGCAAACCCACAGCUACAGCUGAGACCGGUGGGGCACUCAAACCCGUGGCCACUCCUGUGCCGGGCUCCGCCAAACCUGGCCCAGUGCCAGCUCCGGCAGUGGGCAACACCAACCCGGCUCCUGAUAACGCUGCUCCCAAUCCCACCGACCCGGCAUCGGCGGACGGCAAUGGUGCCGUGUCCAAGCCGGAGCCGGCCAGCGACACUUCGUCUACUGCCCCGGCUAUGGAGAAGGACACCCCCGAACCGAGUGUGUCUCCCCAGAUCACGGACGGGGCGACUGCCCCCUCUCCCACCCAGACCUCCUCGGCACCGCAGAAAACCACAAACCCCACCUCCAGCACCAGGCCUCCCAGGUCCAUGGUGGUGAAGCCCACGGGCAAAGAGAGCGGCGCGGCCAAGACCAGCGGGGCCAAGAGGAGCGUUGGCCCCAGGAAGGAGCACGCACAGCGGGGUACGGGCAAAGGUGGCAUGGCGGCACGAGGACGCAGCACAUCCCGGGAGAGUUCGAGCCGGGAGGGCAGUGGCCGUGGUGCCACCGCAUACCAGAAGGAGUCCCGCGGCGAACGGCGACCUCACCCGCGGGACAGAGAACACCAGAGAUACUCCAGGAUCAAGACCUUUCAUGACCGCAACAGCCGGGAUCGGAAGCCCAGCGUCCGGAGUCCAAAGAGAGAAAUGGUAAAGGACAUCUUCCCCUUUAACCUGGACGAGUUUGUCACCGUGGAUGAAGUGGGUGAAGAGGAAGAUUCUGCAGAAGAGCAGAUGCCGGGGGAUGAGUCGCAACCCAACGCCCAAGCUGCCGAGAGCAAGGAGGGGGGAGCGGCAGAAGACAAAGAGGAUGAGCAGGCCCCCACGACCGCUGCAGAGCCUGGCGUGCCGUCUACGGCAGAGGAGACGAUGGAGGAGCCAGCUGGAGCCGAGCCAGAGCCCACAGCAGCGGGGGAGGAGGUGGAGCCCAUGGAGACGGAGACGGAGACAGAGCUGGGCACAACUUCCGCUUCAGCAGAGCCGGACAAAGGUUCCAGCACAGAGCCGGGCAAACCUGACGAUACAGAGCCUGGCAAAGCCACAACUACAGAGCCGGGCAAACCUGCCGGCACGGAGCCUGGCAAAGCUACAGAGCCGGGCAAACCUGACGAUACAGAGCCUGGCAAAGCCACAACUACUGAGCCGGGCAAACCUGCCGGCACAGAGCCUGGCGCAACCACAAAGCUGGGCAAACCUGCUGACACAGAGGCUGGCAAAGCUACAGAGCCGGGCAAACCUGCUGGCACAGAGCCUGGCACAACCACAAAGCUGGGCAAACCUGCUGGCACAGAGCCUGGCACAACCACAAAGCUGGGCAAACCUGCUGGCACAGAGGCUGGCAAAGCUACAGGGCCGGGAAAAUCUGCCGAUACAGAGCCUGGCAAAGCCACAACUACAGUGCCGGGCAAACCUGCCGGCACAGAGCCUGGCGCAACCACAAAGCUGGGCAAACCUGCUGGCACAGAGCCUGGCAAAGCUGCAGGGCCGGGCAAAGCUACAGGGCCGGGCAAAGCUGCCACCAUCGCAGAGCCUGGCAAAGCUACAGGGCCUGGCAAAGCCACUGCUACAGAACCGGGCAAAGCUGCCUCCACAAAGUUGGACAAAGCGGCUGCCACAGAGCUGGACAAAGCUCCCUCUGCUACGGAUUCGGGCAAAUCUUCCACCGCCACAGUGCUGGGCAAGCCUGCCCUCACAAAGUCGGACAAAGCACUCGCUACCAAGCCAGGCAAAGGUCCAUCCACACAGCCGGGGAAAGCCACCGUCACACAGCCGGGGACAGAGGCGUGCAAAGCUGCCGUGACAAAGUCAGACAAAGCUGCUGCCGUCACCGCGCCGGUCAAGGCCACCAGUGCAGUCACCAGGCCACAAGCUGCCGCCUCAGCCGCAGGAAGCGCGGCGGUGAAGAGCCAGGCGGUGAAGAGCCAAGUGGUGCCAUCGACAGGCGGAGGAGGGGAGCCCGCCCACGGCACAGCUGGACCCCCGCCCGCCAGCUCGGUCACCGUCCCCGCGGCCUGUGCUGGGGACGCCACGAGGAGUGGUGGCACGGAGCAGCGAGCCGAUGCCAAACUGAAGAGGGAGCCUCCGCCAGAGUUGGGACCGGCGGCAAAGAAGAUGAAACUGGCCGGCACGCCGCUCACCCAGCUGAAGAUGCCUCCAUACAAGCUCAACUGUCCCAUCGGUGUGGAGUUCAUUGUCCCCAAGACGGGCUACUUCUGCCAGAUCUGUUCCCUGUUCUACACCAAUGAAGACACGGCCAAGGUGACCCACUGUGGCACUGUGCUACACUAUAAGAACAUGGAGAAGUACGUAAGCCAGCGGCGGGAGGAGAGCGCGGGCAAACAGAACAAGUGAAGGCAGCCACUUGCAACAGAGUAUAUUUUGGGUCCAAGUGUUCUCCUCUCCCCCCCAUCCUUCUCUUCCUCCUCCAGCUUUACCAGACAAUUACAACAUUGUACAAAUUAUCUCAACACUGUACUGAUUAUGGAAACUGUUCUUUUGGGUUAUCUUGUUGUCUUUGUGUUUUUACAUAAAUUGUUGUAACAAUUGCCGAUUCAGUUAUGCAAUUAAAAUUAUGUUCUACAGAA